AUGGGUGCACUAUUCUCGUACUGUUGUCCUUGUUGUUGCUCCCGGGAACCUAACAAUAGGGAGAACUCAAAUUAUGGAGUCACAGAUUCAACUUCACGCUAUCGCGGUAAUAUACAAGAUACAGAAGCUCAGUAUGGAAGUUCCAGAAACACGUCGCUUGAAAUUACAUCGAGUGAACCGCCAAGAAAUCAAUAUGUUUCAAAUGAUUAUACCAAUCCUGGUCGAACCUACGAGCACAAUCAACAAUCAGUAAACAGUACAGUCUCACUUUAUUCCCCAUAUCUUAACCUGCCUUCCGGCAACAAUUACAGUAAUCAGGAUUAUCACAGCCAGCAAAUCGCCAAUCGCAAAACACAACGUGAACUUGAUGAACAAAGAAAAGAGUUUGAGCAUCAACAGAAGCUACAGAGAAUGCAGCAAGAGUCAAGAAUCAAGCAAGAGGAAGCGUUUCGACAAAUUACUCAGCAAAAUCAAGACUUUGAAUUGAGAAGGCAGCGGAAACAAAAUGAACAAGAAGCCAGACUUGAAGAAUUACGUCGGAGUGCGAAAAUUGAAAAUGAUAGAAAAAAUCGAGAGGACGAAUUGGCGAUCGAGACAAUGAAAUUCGAGAAUUCACAGCGAAACACUGAAGUUUAUAGUCCAUACCUUGAUAGUUUGAAAGAGAAGAGCCUAAAGCAAGACGAACAAUUCCGUAAUAAUAAAAUACGCUUCAAAAAUGAGGAAAUGGAUCGAACACUAAAAUAUCAGCAAGCCCAAGAAGAGCAUACCCUCCGCCGCCAGAAAAUCGAUGAGGAAUUUGAGGAAAAAUGUCAGAAAUUGAAUGAGGAAGCACAGCAAAGACAGAGGGAAAUGAAUCGGCAAUUUGAAGAAAUUAAGAAAAUUAUGCAGAUGAGAGUUUGGAAUGAUACAAUUGAAAGAAAUUGGACGAAUAGGUUGAAUGAAGCAAGGUCUGCCAAUAAAGACUCGCAGAUAUUGGAGCACCGGUGCCUGGUCUCCAGUCCACGACCUACAGAUAUAGAAGAAUGGAAGCACGUUCUGCAAAUUUUGCUAAAAAAUAUGGAAAAUGAAUCUUCAAAUAUGUCGGUGAUGUAUGAUAACACCAACAAAUCGUUUUUACUUGAUAUUCAGAAAGCGGUCGACGAGAUUUCUUUUUCAUGUGCUUGUUUGCUGAGAGAGCUCGAUCAUGGAGCAAACUUGACGAAGCUGACAAAUUUAACUGGAAAAUUGAACAGAGCUUGCAUGAAUAUUCCGACGCUAGCCGAGCUGAAACGAAACUACUACGCUGAAAUGCAAAAUAACUCUCAAUUGUGA